AGAACAAACUCCAAAUCUUACUAUGCGCAGGGCGAUGUCUUAGAAGCCUGUAACAAUCCUCACAAUUUGCUGGGGAAGCUACAAAACCACAUAAAACUUUUCCUGGAAAGCCAUAAGAAAGAAAACAGAGGAAAAUUUAGGAAGAAAGAGAAGGAAAGAAAGGUGUAUCUGGAAGGUGGAAUCUUCACGGGCCACUCAAGCUUUUCCAGUUCAAAAGAGAUUUUUCCUUCUUUCUUUCGGGUUGGAGUUGGGUCCGGGUUAUCCAACAUUCGGGUCCCGAAAGCAUGUCAAUACAGUCAAGCACUGGGUCAGGGGAUCACAGCAUCAGAGGAAUACCAACUCAUGGUGGACGCUAUGUUCAGUACAACGUCUAUGGUAACCUCUUCGAAGUUUCCAGAAAGUACGUCCCUCCUAUCCGCCCCGUUGGCCGCGGCGCUUAUGGUAUCGUCUGUGCUGCUAUGAAUUCGGAGACACGGGAGGAGGUUGCUAUCAAGAAAAUUGGUAAUGCAUUUGACAACAGGAUUGAUGCCAAAAGGACAUUGCGAGAGAUCAAGCUUCUUCGUCACAUGGAUCAUGAGAAUGUGAUUGCCAUGAAAGACAUCAUUCGGCCUCCACAGAGGGAGAACUUUAAUGAUGUCUACAUCGUUUAUGAACUGAUGGACACUGAUCUUCAUCAAAUCAUACGAUCCAACCAAGCAUUGACCAAUGAUCAUUGUCGGUACUUUCUAUAUCAGGUUUUACGAGGGCUCAAAUAUGUACAUUCAGCAAAUGUUUUGCAUCGUGAUUUGAAGCCCAGCAAUUUGCUUCUGAAUGCAAAUUGUGACCUUAAAAUUGGAGAUUUUGGGCUUGCAAGGACAACAUCCGAAACUGAUUUUAUGACAGAAUAUGUAGUUACUCGUUGGUAUCGGGCACCAGAAUUGCUUCUGAAUUGUUCUGAGUACACUGCUGCAAUUGAUAUUUGGUCGGUGGGUUGCAUACUUGGUGAAAUCAUGACUAGACAACCUCUCUUCCCUGGCAGAGACUAUGUGCAUCAGCUGAGGCUUAUCACAGAGCUUAUAGGUUCACCAGAUGAUUCCAGUCUUGGGUUCCUUCGAAGUGACAAUGCCAGAAGAUAUGUUAGGCAGCUUCCACAAUACCCAAGGCAAAAUUUCUCUGCUAGAUUUCCUAACAUGUCACCUGGUGCUGUUGAUUUGUUAGAGAAGAUGCUUAUCUUUGAUCCCCAUAGGCGCAUUACAGUUGAUGAGGCUUUAUGCCACCCAUACUUGGCACCUCUUCAUGACAUCAACGAGGAGCCUGUUUGCCCAAGGCCUUUCAGUUUUGAUUUUGAGCAACCAUCUUUUACUGAAGAAAAUAUCAAGGAGCUCAUCUAUAGAGAAUCUGUUAAAUUCAAUCCAGACCCAAUUCAUUGAGGAUGACGUGUUGUAUAUGCCUGGAAGUGUACGUGCUGGCUCCGGUUUGCUGCCAUAGUAUGUAGGAUUCAUCAUUCUCUUUUGAGAUUAGAAAGAUAUCGACUCAGCUUAGAAUACUCUUAAACAGAAUGAGAGUUUAUUCAACUUCCAUCUCACGUCUCUUGCUGCCUGCAGCACUUAAAUUUGUGAGGAGGAGGUACUAGUUUACUGGUUGUCAAUUGUCCUGCUCAUCAGAAUGAGCUUCAACCUCUAGUUGGAGAAAGCUCUACUUUUGACUGUAGAGAGAUUAGUUAUUUGAGCCAUGACACUGUUAACAGUUCAUUUCAUCUCGAGGAGUGAACUAGAAGUCUGUACACGUGGAGCAUGUAUUCUGUGUAGGGUCAUGUAGGCUUUCUUGGGUACGGAAAUACACGAGGAAUUGCUUUAAUUGUGUUGAUUCUAUGGACUUUACAUACUCUUGUCAUGAAACUGCUUAAAAA